GGCUCUGAUUGGCUCGAGCAGCCGUCAGGAGGCGGGACCCGGGGCGCCGAUUGGCCGAGGCGGGCACCGAGGCGGAAGUGGCAAGAGCGCCCGGCGCCGCAUGUCCCAGUGUGCGGAGAGGCCGGGAUGGCGGCGGCGGGGCCCGGGCUGCGGGAACAGCUGGUGUCCGACCUGCCCCCCGCACUGGCCCUGCUGGGAUCACUCCAGGAGCAGGUUGUCGGGGUCACGGCCCAUGUCCAGGGGCUGCUGCAGCGGGUCCGGGCCGGCGCCUUCCCCACGGAGAAGGGGCUGAGUUUCCUGGAGCUGAAGGCCCAGCUGCUGCUGUUCUAUCUCCAGGACCUGGCCCAGCUGGUGCUGGAGAAGACCUCUGGCCGGUCCCUGGUGGCCCAGCCAGCUGUCCUGCGCCUGGCCGAGCUGCGCACGGUGUUGGAGAAGAUGCGGCCCAUUGAGCAGAAACUCCGGUACCAGGUUGACAAGCUGGUGAAGGCGGCUGUGACGGGCGCCGUGGGAGACGACAAUCCGCUGAGAUUCAAACCAGACCCCGGGAACAUGAUGAGCAAGCUGAGUGACGAGGAGGAGGCGGACGGGACUGAAGGCAAAGCUGCUGGGAAGAAGCCCCUGGCCAAAGGAGGGGUCCGGAAAUACGUCCCACCCCGGCUGGUCCCGGUGCAUUAUGAUGAGACGGCGGCCGAGCGGGAGAAGAAGGUCCUGGAGCAGGCGAAGAAGCGAGCGCUGAGCAGCUCCGUCAUCCGGGAGCUGAAAGAACAGUUCUCGGAGGCGCCGGAGGAAAUCCGCGAAGGGCGCUACCUGCAUGCGACCAGGCAGAGCCAGGAGGAUGAGCACAGGUGA